AUGCUGCAGCAUCAGCAACAAUCUCAAGUGUCGCAAGGAUAUUAUGAUUACAACCAAUCUAGCCCUGGAAAUAUUACUAAUUCGGACUCACUUAAUACAACACCAUUCUCCGUUAAGGAUAUUUUAAAUUUGGUUAAUCAAAAUGACAACUAUGACAGUUAUGGUCAGUUAGAAAGUAGUCCGUUACAUCCUUCCUCAGCACAAUAUAUUAAUGAUUAUGAUGAACAACAACGUGUUGGUUAUUCGCAUCAGGAAUCUGUAACAGCAAUUCUUCCACAUGGUCACCAUAUAACUCCUGUAGCAGCGAUGUCGCCUCAGUACUAUUCCAACGAAUUUACACAAACUGCACAUUCACAUUCAAAUGGUUUGAGCCAUCAUCCAGCAUAUGCAACUACAGCACUACAUUCGCAUCAUGCACAGGCACAGGCACAGGCACAGGCGCAGGCACACCAUACACAACACUAUUAUCCGCCAUACAAUUCAUCACAUCAGUUUUAUGUACCGCCACCACCACCACCUCCGCCACCACUUGUUUCAGACUCAGUUUCUUCUUAUCCCGCAUCUUUUUGUUCGCAAACUGGCCAGCAUUCUUCUGCUUACAAUUACAGUUAUGGAGUACCUGGUGGCACUCCAUAUGGCAAUUCACAAGCAAGUGCUCAUGCGUUAAUAAAGUCUGAAGCACAAUCACCUCAGACUGAAUAUAUAUCAACGCCCUUUAUAACGCCUUCUCCUACCUUGGACUUAAAUAGUUCCGCUGAAGUAGAUGUAUUGCACGUAGCAGCAGUUCAACAGCCGGCAGCUUCGACAGUCAGUUGCAAAAAACUAUCAAUGGCAGCACAGUCCGUACAGAACUUACUGGAAACAGCUAAUAACUCGGCUUCACUACGCAGCAUAUCCAAAGAUAACACGCAAGUGACAUCAUCACGUUCAGAAUUACGUAAAAAUGGAAAGCCACGUUCUAAGCGUAAACCUAGAGUACUCUUCUCUCAAGCACAAGUACUAGAGUUGGAAUGUAGGUUUCGUUUGCAAAAAUAUUUGACAGGUGCUGAGCGGGAAGUCAUUGCACACAAAUUAAAUCUGUCGCCCACCCAAGUAAAAAUUUGGUUUCAAAAUCGUCGUUAUAAGUCGAAGAGAGGUGAAAUCGAUGGCGACAUAGUCAUAGCAUCCAUGAAAUACAAACCAGAGCAUAUGGGAUCACAUCAAGCUCUUAUGUGGAACGAAGUCCAUCAUCAGUGACAGAAGCGUUGCUUUAUAUAGUAAGGCCAAUAAUUAUUUUCAAAUC